AGAAUGACAACAUACGGCUGUCAGUUGGAGGAGAAAGUUGAUAUUUCAAAGAGAAACAAGGGAAAAUGUCUCACAUUCAGUAUGUGGACGAAAUGGUCAAGGAAUACCUGCUCUUCAGAGGUUUUAGUCAAACCUUGAGAGCUUUUGACAACGACUUGAAAGCCGAGAAAGAAAAGGGGUUCAGGGUUGAUAAAAUCGUCGAUCAAUUAAUGCAAUACAUAUAUAAUUAUGAUCUACAAUCCUUAAGAGAAUUAUGGGGACAUUUGGAUACAAGAAUGUUCUCCCGCUUGGAAAGUCAUUUUACACCAGCUGUAAGGAAGCUGGAGAAUAAUGUUCUAAAAAUGUACCUGGUCAAUGCAGCUGUGAACAAUAAGCAGGAUCGGAUUCAAGAGUUUUUUACAAAAAUGACACCAGAGCUGCAAGGGCAUUCAGAAUGGAAAGAAUGGUUUGCAUUGCCAUUUGUUAAAAAUCCUGAAGACAAUCCAGCAUACUCUGUAUAUUUUAGUAGACAGUGGCAAGACACUAUGUUAGUGUCCUUGCACAAUUUCCUUGCUACUAUUUUUCAAUGUAUGCCUCAGCCAACAUUACUUACAAUAGAUGAAGAUACAAAUAGAUUGAAACGACUUCAAGAAGAAAAUGAAGCAUUAAAGCAACGUCUAAGCGAAUCUGUUAAGAUAGAAAAUGUAAUGGAUGUAAAUCCAGGAUCAGCUCCACAACAUCCACCACUCAUGGAUGACUUUUAUAUUAUAGCACAAGAAUCUCCUUUAUUAGAAAAUCCCAAAACUCUAAGAAACCUCAUAAGAAAUAUAGGCGGCGGUUCCAGUCCAAUUUUAAAUCGAAAACCCGGAACAAGUAUAAAGAAAGUUGUGGAGUCGGAAGUAACGUCGACGAAAAGAACUAAUACGAAAGGAAAAUUGAACUCAAUUAGUAAGUCUGAACCGGUCAGCAAAAGAAGCAUUAGCUGCGAUUCAAGAUUAACAAGUUCUAGGAAAAGGGAUUCAUCUAUAGACGCGGUAGCUGAACGAAAAGCGAAAGAUAAAAUUGAUUCUACUUAUAUUCUUCUUAGCCAGGAAGAAUAUACGGAACACAGAACAUCAAUAAUUCAAUGUAAAAGUAAUGCAAGUGGUUCGUACGUUGCUACAGGUGAUGCAAAUGGCAUUAUCAAAGUGUGGACUCCCAUACCAUCGCCAGAGACUGUUAGUACAUUUAUCUCUACCCCAGCAAACUCAAAUAAAGCUAUUACGGCAUUAGACUGGGUAUCAAAGAACGAACGUUAUUUUUUACACGGUGAUAACAAUGGUCGGAUUCAAUUGCAUGAUACUCGCGAUUGCAAAACCCUGUGGGACAUUCAACAUGUAGAUGCUCGAAUUACUACUUUACUAUGUAAUCCGACAGAAUCUACGUUCGUGUGUUCUGUAUCAAAAUCGUACAUAAAGAAACUGUUGUUGUACGAUAUAAAAACGAGAAAGUUAGAAAGAAGAUUGCCGAUGGAUCAAAACGUGACCGUCCUAUGUUCCACGUUUAAUCGUAAUGGGCAACUUCUUAUCACGGGGCUAUCCAAUGGAAAUAUUUUAAUAUACGAUUUGAGACAGAACGAAAUUAUUGAUAAUAUAAGUUGCCACUCGAGUCCAGUUAUUGAUAUAGAACUAAUUAACGACUAUCCGAAUAUCUGUACGCAAAGCGAGGACGGAAAACUAUGUCAAAGGAGUUUAAACCAUUCGGGAAAAAUUUUAUGGGAAACAAAAAUUGAAGUAGAGAAAAAUACGGUUCAUGGGAAAUUGUUUACUUUUGACCAAAGUGGUAAUUAUAUGCUACUCUGUACACAAACUGGAGGAAAUAUAUACAAAAUGCCACCAGGUGCACAAGCAAAAGUUUUAGAAUUAGGCGGACACAAAGGUACGUUGUGUUGCGACUGGUCUACUGCCAAUCAAUCUGGAACUUGUAUAACUGGUGGUGCGGAAGGGAAAGUACGAGUAUCGACGCUGCUUUCGCCAUGAUGCAAAAGCAAGAUUAGUAUCUGUGUGAAUUCAUGAAGUACUGUAAAGUUCAUAAGAUUAGCUCAAAUUUGUAGAUACUGAAUAUUUAGCAUAAUGAAUGUUAAGAACAAACUUCAUAGUCAUUAUGUUGGAUAAUGAAACCUAAGAGUAUCCCAUUUAAAGGACAUUCAAAGUAUCAUAAGAUUUAAAAAAAGAUCCAAAUAUUUUAUAAAGAGUACAAUGAAUGCAAACGUAUCAUGCGUUAGCGCAAAGUCGAAUGUAUUAUAAUCCUAUCUUUAAAAUGGAAUCAGGGACUAUCAGUUAUAAA